AUGUCUCAACAAAACUCGACACCACAAAAAGAUAUUAGUUUUACAAGUGAUGAUUCAGAACUGAAAACCCCAACAUCACCAUUCUACAAUCUAAAGGGAGAAACUAAAUUUAUUACAGCUCAAGAAUAUGCCAACUCACAAGAUUAUCAAGAAGAAUUAGAGGAGGGUGAAUAUGAUGAAGAAGAACAAGUUAUUCUUGAUGAUCCAUUCGGUGAAACUGAAGAAGAUCCAUUUGGGGAUGGAAAUGAAGAUAUUUUGGAUUAUGAAGACUAUCCGGAGGAUGCCGAUGAUGACCAGAUUCAACAACAACCUCUUCACAAUAGUUUUAACACAACCCGUACUUCUAUUAACACAUCAUUUGCCACAAACAAAACUAGCACAACAAUUAAUACAUCUUUCACAUCUAAUAGAUCCGAUAGAACAAAUCUAUUGCAAUCACCUAGUGACAGCUUUAUUUCAGGACGAACAACAAGAACUACCAGAACAACUAGAACAACCAUGUCUGUAAGAUCUAUGCCUCCUUGUUAUGAACCACUCCAAGAUCCUGGAAAGAGAGGCUUAAGAAGAGCAACUUUAUUAUUGAAAGAAGAGGAAACUAAAGGAGUUGUAGCUGACAUGAUACCUAGUUUGAAUAUUGCUCUUUUAUUGAUUCUCUUAUUAUUGGCAAUUGUUCUCUAUAGUAAUGAAUUACAUGAUGUGAUUAGACCAUUUGUAAGACUUGUUUCUUCAUUCUUACGGAGGUUAAAUAUUACAGUAUGGACUGAUUUUGAUGAGCUAGAAUUGUAA